AUUUUAUUUUUAUAACGUGAUAAUCGAUAAACGGUACAUAUUUGGACGCAGGACAAAUUCGUUGUGUUUAUAAUUAAUAAUAACUGACGUCUGUUAAGACUGAUGUGAUUGGUUGUGCAGUCGGCGGUUUAGACGCAAUUUCCCGAAGUAAUGUUUUCAUAUUUGUUUAAGAUAUAAGACUUCGAAAUAUUGUCAUCAUGGCCACGGCAAAAUAUGUGGAUAGGAGGAAAGACGUGAUGGUAGGAAAUCUUCCUGAUGAUUUCCUGCGUGUUGGUUCUUCAAACCAAGGAACUUCCCAGUGUUCUAAUGCUAGUAGACCUUCUCAGACAAUUGAUCAUCAAAAUUUUACACGCUAUAAUUCUGUAGCACAGAUUACUUUAUGUAUUGUUCAAGCUCAGUUGGCAAGAAACUACAGUAUAACUAAAAUGGAUCCAUAUGUAAGAGUCAGGAUUGGCCAUACUGUAUACGAAACACAUUCACACGUUAGGGCUGGCAAAUUCCCUAAUUGGAAUAAAACUAUACACUCGUACCUUCCACAAGGAAUCAAAAGUCUUCAUCUAGAAGUUUUUGAUGAGCGCACCAUUACUCCAGAUGAACGAAUUGCUUAUGCAGAUUUUGAAAUUCCUGAAGAAGCUUUUGAAGGUAAAUUUGUUGACACGUGGAUUCCUCUUAGUGGUCGCCAAGGAGAGGGUAAAGAGGGAUCCAUAAAUAUAACUGUUUUAAUAAGGCCUGUUCCUUAUUGGCCAACUGUGAUGCCUGCGGCUGCACCUUUAAUGGUAAUACCUCAAACUGGUAUUGCACCUAUGCCAUAUUAUAUGCCUGCUCAGCCACUGGGAUAUCCUAUUAUUCCCCAACCAAUGCAUAAUCCUCAGUAUCCUUAUCCUGCCACUCAACAACAGCCAUAUCGACCCACAGAAGAAGAUGUAAAACAGAUGCAAGAAAUGUUUCCUGCAUAUGAUAAAGAAGUGAUUAUGGGUGUAUUGGAAAGCAGUGGUGGUAAUAAAGAACAAGCUACAACAUCCUUGCUUUCAUUAUCAGACAAAUGAGCUUUGUCUUGCUAUAAAUUUAUAUGUAUGAAAUUGAAAACUAAGAAGUAAUUGAUAUUGAAAACUAAGAAGUAAUUGAUUGUACUGGUGAUAAGAUUGCUGCUGAAAAUGAACAUUUUCUGUGGCUCUAUAGUCUGUGUGAUGGUGCAUAAUAUUAUGCGAGUCCAAGAUAUAAUUAAGUAUUUAUGUAUGUGCUUUACAAAGAUAUUCUUUGUAUAAUCAAGAAUAUAUUUAUAUUUGAUCUUAAGAUGCUUUCGUAAAGAUCUGAAUUUAAAUAUGUAAUAUAUAAGAUUGUUAAUUCUUAAGCCAAAUUUUAAUGCCAUGUAAUUUGUUUUCAAAGUAGCAUACAUUCCUUAGUCCUUAUGUAUGUAUUUCUUUAUUUUAUCAUUGAUAAAAUUGGUAUUUUUUGUGA